GCCUGGCUACUGUUGAUAACAAAGGUUGACAGCAUUGAAAAUCUCAUCUUAACCUAACCUAACCAUCGCGGCGCGGAACAUGAGAAGGUUUAACGUAAAUCGAGGUUAUAAUUAACGUUAUACAGGAUAUCAAAUUAAAAAAUGUAAUGUCACGCUCUAAAUUUUGGCAGUACGGUAUACCGUUUAUGGUCUUUAUUCUUGGUGGAUCAUUUGGCCUCCGAGAAUUUACGGAGUUACGUUACAGGUAUAAACGUCAAGAAUAUAAAUUGCGCGACGAACUAGAAAAGAAGGGAAUUGAGAUGAGACAACCAGAAGAAAUUACUUUGGAGAAAGAAUAUGAAAAAUUGGAGAAGAUGGAUCUUGAAAACUGGGAAAACAUUCGAAUACCAAGACCAUGGGAAGAAUCAGAAAAUGUAAGAAAUCAAUAAAAAUAUUAAUAUAUAAAUAUAUAUUAAUAAAAACAUGUAAUUAAUUCAAUAUUUAAACAUUUGUAAUUCUUAAUUACAUGAAGGUUUGUUAUUAGAUAUUACUAGAAAAUAAAUAUAAUAGAGGUUUUUAAACAUAA